AUUUCUUCAUGGGCCCUUCCUGUUCUGUUGUUCGUAUCAUUGUGGUCUUGUCUGUUGGUUUUGGUCUUGUCCUUCUGCUUUUUUUCUGCAGUUUUCUUUUAAAUUUUUUGGAAACUAAGACAAAACAAAGGUGAUCCCAAGAUGCACCAGAGAGAGCUGCUCAUCAGAGGAAGUACAAAAGUAAAGGAUUUGGUUCAGGGAAGCUUACAGGAGAAAGAGGAAGAGCAGAAGGACCUGGUGCAUGUGAUUUCAGUAAUGAUGCAACAGAAGAAAGAACUGGAGAUCUUGAGCAUAUCACAGCUGACGGAGGUGGAGGGAGAGUGGACAGAGAUUGAGAAGGAACUCAAGCCAAUAAAUAGUAAAUACAGUUGGAAAAAAGAGGACAGACAGCGCACUCUAUCAGAUGUCAAACUGGAACUGGAAAAGAAAAAGACAGAAUACAAGAAAUCUUUACAGAGCAACGUGGAAACACUAAAGAAAACAGAGGAUGUGAUUACAAGAAUGACGGAAAGGAAGAAAAAAGUAGAAAACCAGAUUGAUAAAAUUAAGGAACAACUUGAGAAGACAAAGAUAUGAAGAGAGAUAAUAUUAAUACAUAUAUAAAUGCAUUCUUUAUGAUCAGAUUGUAAUGUAAAUAUGAACAUAAUUGUCUCUAUUUGACUUUGAUUUCUCAUUACAAACAUAACCCUUUAAGUCCAGUCUGUUCUCAUCUCAGGGCGUCAAAAACGCUUUCAGAAAAAGUGAUGGUUGCUCAUUCUAGGGAGUGGGAUUAUGUUGUGCAGGUUUCCCCUACGCGGGGCAUAGCAGUUGGUCUGUAGGAUAAAAUAUAUUGUAAUUUGGCUGGUGAUGAAAAUAAUCAACCUGAACGUCAGACAGAGAAGCAAAUUUGAUAAAAACAUAAAGUUAAAUAUUCAUCUUUAAUUUUGAUCUGAAAGGGUCACACCACUGAUUUUACACAAGUUCAGUGUUUUCAUCCAUUUGUAGGCUAAUAACGUUUAGUAAAAAGCAUGCAUUACAAAAUGUAGGCAUGUCAUUUGAAGGACUUCAGCAUAGGCAGGGAGAGUCCAACUAAACACACAACUGAGCUGCAUGAUGGGAAAUGAAGGAUCCAGUGUGUUAGGGAUAUCAGAGACUAAAACGAAGAAUGUGCUGCUGGACUGAUUUUGGAAAUUAAUUUGACCUUGUAGGAAAUCUGGGAUUCAUACAGUUGGCAAGUUUGAGGACAACUUCUACACAUCUGCUAUUAGAUGGUUUACUGUGCAGCGAGUAUCAUGUAUGAAGUUAAACAGUUACUUAUUCACAGACAGAUGGUGAAAGUGAAAGAAGCUGCAUAUCUAACUGAUAUCAGUCUCAGAUUAAAUAUUAAGCCAUUUACUGUGAUGGGAUGAUGCAACCAGCAGUCUGUGCAAUUCUAAACUUUUUCAGUUUUCUUAUUAAUAAUCUUAAUCUUAAUUUAUCAAACAUUUGUUGUAAAGAUCCACUAAGUCUUUAGUUUUUUCAAUUUUUCAGUGAAGAAGCGGAUACAAUACUUGCACAAAGGGAAAACAUAUUCAUGAAAGGGGUCAAAGUACUUUUUUUUUUUAAAAAGAACUUUGGCCGUACGGCUUCAUAGUCUCUUUGAAGAACAGAAUCGGGGAUACAGCAGUUUAUUAUUUCCCCAGAACUCCAGGAUGCUUUGCCUAAAUGACGGACUGCUCCUUAAUAAACCUCAGCUCAGUUCCUUCAGUGUUUUGGUUUUCCAGCACACUGUGAUCCUGCUUCUCCUGACAUACUCUUUUAGAGGCCAGUCUCAGGGGGUUGGAGCAUCUCAAACAAUAGUAGCAGUAGUUGGUGAGGAUGUUAUCUUGCCUUGCCGCCUGGAACCUGCAGCAGAUGUUGUUUCCAAGAGUCUGGAGUGGGGGAGACCUGACCUGGAACCCAGAUUUGUCCAUGUGUGGCAUGAAGGUCAAAACCUUCUGGUUAACCAAAACCCGUCUUACAAAGGAAGAACAUCACUGUCCAUCGAGAAGCUGAGGCACGGAGACCUUUCACUGAAACUCUCUGCAGUGAAACACUCUGAUAAUGGAAUAUACAGAUGUUACUUUCCCUCACAGAGUAAAGAAUCUACUGUUGAGCUUGUUGUUGGUUCUGUCUCCUCACCAGUCAUAGCAGGGACUAAAUUAAACAGCAGCAGUGUGGUGUUACAGUGUGAGUCUGCAGGCUGGUAUCCAGAGCCUGAGGUGUUUUGGCUGGACGGUGAGGGAAACCUCCUCUCUGCUGGACCUACAGAGACAGUCAGAGGUCCUGAUGACCUCUAUACUGUCAGCAGCAGAGUGACUGUGGAGAAGAGACACAGCAACAGCUUAACCUGUAGAGUCCAACAGAAGGACAUCAAGCAGACCAGAGAGACAAAUAUUCAGAUUUCUGAUAUUUACUUUGCAACCUCAUCUUUUUGUGCUGCUUGUGUCAACAUUGCAGUAGUUACUUUCCUCAUUUUAAUUUUUCUUUAUUUUAUCUUUGUUUUGUGGAAAUGGAGACAAAACCAAACCAAAGAAACAAAGAUGCACCAUGACGCUGAAACUGAAAAGAGAGAGAGAGAGCAGCUUGUGGCACAAAGUAAGGAAAUGGAGGAUUUGGAGGAGAAAAAGGCAAAACUUGAAGAAGAGUUACAGAAGAAAGAGGAAGAGCAGAAAGACUUGGAACAGGUGGUUAAUAUACUGAUGGAACAAAGCAAGGAACUGCAAAACCAGAGGGAUCAGCUCCAACAUCAAAGGGAGGACAUGCAGAAAAACAUUGAAGAUAUUGAGAACAAGAUUCAAUCAGUGGAGAAGAUGGCAGAAAGUGACCGAGCUCAGGGAUACUACGAAAUGAAAAGUAUCACAUUAACAGUCAAAAGACAGCUGCAGGAUAGAAAACAAGAAGAUGGAAAACUUUGCCUGCAAACACAAACACUACUGAACAAAACAAACGGUUUGUUAGAUGGAAUGACAGACAGGAAGAAGGAGGUGGAGAACCACAAGGAGAAAAUCAACGAGCAGCUGGAGGAGAUUCAGAGGAAACUUCAGACAGACGAAAGACUGUAAACUAGACCCGUUAAAUUAUCUAUAGACAACAACGUCUAAAUUUUUUGUGAUAAAAAAUACACACUGCUGUUUGGGGUCACUAAAAAAAGUCCUUGUUUUCAAAAGAGAAGCACCGUUUUUGCACAUUAUCUUUUUAGAUGUGGAAUUGUCACCUGCUGUCUGAAUUGUGUGUUUUCCUUUACAUUCAUAAAAACAUGUCCACCAUAAA